AUGCAAUCCAUUGCUGUAAGACCACAUGAAAAUCUCACACGGGUAAUGAAAGAUCCAAAGCGCUCACGAACACCAUUGACAAAAUAUUUCACAAUGAAUGCAACAAUUAAUGGUGGCACCAAUCUUUUAUAUGGUGAAUUCCCAGAGCACUACAGAUGGGAUGCAAUUACAAAAGAGUGGGUUCAAAGGAAAACAACACUCAUUAUUGUUGGGAGGAUAACAUUUGUCAUACCUGCUGAAAGUGAACGUUAUUUCCUCCGACUUUUACUGCUUAACAUCAGAAAUUCAAAAUCUUUUUUAGACAUACGCACGGUUGAUAAUUAUGUCUGUGCUACAUUUCAAGAAACUACCAAACGACUUGGUCUUUUAGAAGAUGAUGGUGCUGCAUCUAUAUGCUUAGCCGAAGCUGCAAAAGUACAGUUACCAAAUGCUUUGAGACGAUUUUUUGCAACAGUUCUGAUUUUCUAUCAACCAAGUGAUCCAUCUGCUUUAUGGGAUAAAUAUUACACAGCAUUGUCAGAAGAUUUCAGAAAAACAAGAGAUAUAGCAGAUGCCCUAAAUGCAGCUAUUCCUCAAGAAUUCAUAAAUACAAAAGAACGUUUGAAUGCAGCUCUAUUCAAAGCAUUUGAUUCCAUAAUGAAACACAUACAUGAAGGAAAAGGAGGUGCUUUUUUCAUUGAUGGACCAGGUGGCACAGGGAAGACCUGUUUAUACAAUUGUUUAUUUGCAGAAAUUCGUAUGAUGAAUAAAAUUGUAUUUCCAACUGCAACAUCUGGAAUAGCAGCAUCAAAUCUUCCUUCAGGGAGAACAGCUCAUUCAAGAUUUAAAAUACCAGUUGAUCAUGAGAACUCUUUCACAUGUCAUGUGCCAAAACAAGGUAGUUUAGCACAGUUAAUAAAAGAGACGACUUUGAUUAUCUGGGAUGAGGCUUCUAUGGCCAACAAGGCAAAUUUUCAGGCCCUUGAUUUGCUGCUACAUGAUAUAUGUGAAAAUACAACACUUUUUGGUGAAAACCAGCGAGCUCGUGAAGACCCUACAUUCUGUUCAUUUUUGUUAUCUCUUAGCAAUGGUGAAUUACAAACAAAUGAGUGUGAUUAUAUAAAACUGCCUGAUGGAAUGAUUCGACACUUGGUCAUGGAAAAAUAUCCCAUUUUGGAGAUUAUAAAUGCAACAUUUCCAGAAGUUGAGAAAGGAACAAUAACAUCAGAUAUCUUUGCAGAUAGGGCAAUUUUAACUCCGAUGAAUGAUGAUGUGGAUUUAGUGAAUUCAGUUUUAAUUGAUCAGUUUCCAGGAGAAACAAUGACUUAUAAAAGUUUUGAUGUAAUGCUCAAUGAUACAUGCAAUAUUUAUCCGAUAGAGUUUAUAAAUAAACUUUGUCCAGGAGGAAUGAGUCCCCAUGAGCUUGUCCUUAAGAAGGAUUGUCCAGUAAUUUUGUUACUCAACAUAAUGCCUUCUGAAGGACUUUGUAAUGGUACAAGACUGAUUUGUAAAACUUUUCUACUCAACAUUAUUGUCUGUGAAAUUUCUGUUGGACAAUACAAGGGUACAACUGUUUUUGUGCAUCGGGCAAAUCUACGCCCUCCAGCAAAUAACAGCUAUCCCUUUGCUUUUGAAAGGAAACAAUUUCCAAUCAAACUAUGUUUUACCAUGACAAUUAUUCAAUCACAAGAGCAGACAUUGAAUCAAGUAUCAAUAUAUCUUCCUCGGCCAUGUUUCUCUCAUGGUCAGUUGUAUGUGGCUCUAUCUCAUGCUAAAAAGGCUGAAGAUGUUGUGGUAUAUACCACCAAACCACCUGAAGGGUAUCACUUGAACUCAAUUAGAAAUGUAGUAUCUUUUGAUAUUUUGAAGUAUUCGCAAAUAAUUUAG